AUGGAAGCCAACCAUCAUAACGCCAAUUCUCAUACACAUAACGGCUCCGAAGUAAAGCUGGAGCCUUCGCCGUUCCCCUGCAUGUUCACUGUGGAACUUUAUGACCAGCGCAUUCCUGAAUCCACACAGCUUCAGCGGGUUUACAUGAUUCGACCCCAGCAAAUAUGGCUUUCCAUGGAACGUUUUGCAGAAAUAAGAGUUGGUAACGAAGCUUUUCAGCCUCACGAUACUGUCGUGCUUAGCAAUGUCAACCGAUCACCCUCCCGUGAAAGCAUAGCGAGGAUUCUGGAGAUCCGUGCGAAGGACGAAGACCACGUUUAUCUCCGUGUUUACUAUCUCAGACCGGCGGUUGAGGUAGCUCCCAUCUACACUUUGCUCAGCCAGAGCAACAGCAUCAUCACACAGGAGCAGCGUUCUAGAGAGCUAGUUGCAACCAACGAGUUGGGCGUGGUUGAUGCGAGUCAGGUGGAAGGUGGCGCCCUGGUGACACGUCUGAGCUCCAAUGGCCGCGAGAACAUUCCCCCCAAGGGCUUCUGGUGGAGAUGGAUGUACGACGUUGCCACCGGACAGGUGAGCUAA